CAGUUGGUGGCGGUAAUGCACCGUGUGGGGUUGCAAAUCGCCAAUAAAUCCGAUAAAAGAAGAAGAAUCGCCUUCACUGUUCUCUUGUUCUCCGAACGUUCGAGUACUGUUUCUAAAGGUGAACAACAACGUCACGUUCUGGACUGAUAAUCAGAUAACACUCUGACCAUGUUGGUGUCGAGGUUGACGUGUUUGAGGACUCUUCCUCUCGCUGGGCUCCGUCCUCUGAUCACACAGAGAGUUGUCACAUUGAAGGCUUGUCCACCUCUGGUCAGGCCUCAUCAGGGUUAUGCCACCAAAGCCAGAUUUGGUUUCCGCCGUGCAAAGACAACCAGAGACCAGCUCAAGGAAGCAGCUUUUGAACCAGCGACAGAUACAGCUAUUCGAAUUGACAACAUAGGAAGAAUAAUUCUGGCAGGAGGUGCUGCAGUUGGCCUGGGAGCUCUGUGUUAUUACGGACUUGGCAUGUCCAAUGAAAUUGGUGCCAUUGAGAAAGCAAUAAUCUGGCCUCAGUAUGUGAAGGACAGGAUCCAUUCCACUUACAUGUACUUUGCAGGCGGUGUGGGACUGACUGGUUUGUCUGCUGUAGCUGUGAGCAGGACUCCAGCUCUUUUGGGUCUCAUGAUGAGAGGAUCCUGGAUGGCAAUUGGAGCCACUUUUGCAGCGAUGAUAGGUGCUGGCAUUCUGGUGAGGUCCAUUUCCUAUGAGCACAACCCCAUGCCCAAACACCUUGCUUGGAUGUUACAUGCAGGUGUGAUGGGAGCUGUUGUUGCUCCUCUUGUUCUCCUGGGAGGGCCUCUGAUGUUGCGAGCUGCCUGGUACACUGCUGGCAUUGUGGGAGGUCUGUCUACUGUGGCCAUGUGUGCUCCGAGUGAGAAGUUCCUCAACAUGGGUGGACCGUUGGCAGUCGGGUUUGGAUUGGUGUUUGUGUCCUCACUCGGGACGAUGUUCUUGCCUCCAACAACAGCGCUGGGGGCAGGCCUGUACUCAGUGGCUGUGUAUGGAGGCCUGGUUCUGUUCAGCAUGUUCCUGCUAUACGACACACAGAAGGUCAUCAAGAGGGCAGAGACACACCCACUCUACGGCGUUCAGAAAUAUGACCCCAUCAACGCUUGUAUGGGGAUUUACAUGGACACACUUAACAUCUUCAUCAGGCUGGUGAUGAUUCUGGCCAAUGGUGGCGGCGGCAGAAGGAAGUGAGCAGGGGUGUGGUGACUUGUGCUUAGUUGUACUUUCCACAAAUUGGAACAGCCAUCUUUUCUUCCUGGUAACUGACAUUAGGUGUCGCAUUUAGAGGAACAUCCAACAUGAACACAUUUGUGUGACGAAGAGGACUACACUCUGCACAUUCAGUCUGAGUAA